CGUUCGGUCGGGUUUUUCCUCUGCUGGGAGCUUCGUGAGUGCGAAUCGAAAAACGGUAGCAAUCACAUAACCAUAGUAGGCGAGCGGUGCGCACGGUGAAAGAGUGGAGACGUUUUUUUUCCCGGUGAGGACUGUUGUUUUUAUCGGGCUCUGUUAUUUUUUGUCAGAGAAGUAGGCAGUGAUGUUACGGCCGGUACAUGAUCACAGGUGACCCUCGGGGUAGAGUCCUGAAUAUUCAGACAAUAGCCAUUCGGUGAAGUGUUAAUUUGUGUGACGUUCAAUAAAAAUGCGAUGCAUAUGUACUGAAUGUAUUGUGUGAAAUCGUCAUCAUCUUUGGAUUGUGGCAGGUCUAGGCUCGGAUGCUAAUGGUGUGGGUAAUAUCCACACGAAAAAGGAAAAUGUGGAAAAGUGAAUGUAGAAAGAGGCUACUUCAGCAGGGAACGGAAUACUUAAUCUCUAAAUUGUGUCACCAAGGAAAUCGUAAACAGCUGAAUUUAUGUGCUUGAACGGAACAAACCAGACUUCUCGCUUUUAAAAGAAAGUUACCAGCAUAUUCUGACUCUCACAAAAGCUACAGACGAAUGAAAACCCUCCUGUAAUUGGGAACACGCAAGCUCCGUGUGCUACUUAAUCGGGAUGAGUUCGAACAAACAUCGUGUAAUAAGGAUUACAGUUUACACCGUAAAGUCCUUCGCAGAAAAUGUACUCGCCUGCUUUACAACAAACGGAAACUCGUUGGUGUCCAGCUAGUUUGAAACAUUGUUGUUGAGGUUUCUUUUUUUUUCAAACCCAGGACUUAAGCUAAUCUCGGUACUUUGGGCUCCCCUCUUGUGCCCAUUGGGUCAAAGUCAUAACCAUAAAUUAAGCAUUCAUUUAUAUGCUAAACACUGCUUCGUUUAGCUGUUUCCUCACCAUCCACGUCCCCCGUGGGGGUUGGGAGCCGUCGUCCUGCGUGUGAAUCUUUCUCUCAUAUGAACAAGUGUGUCUGAUUGUUUGUGUGUGCUUGUGUGGAAACCUGAAUAGCACUCUUACCCCCAAUCAAAGGACGCUGAGCUGCAAGAAGACGAAGCAGGAAGAAGAAAAUGCGAAAAACCGUCUGCUACUGCUGCCGCUGCUGGUUGGGUUGCAAUAAUCGUAAAAGUUGAAUUGUUUUCAGCUUUAGCCGCACAGCCUCUUUUCAAAGCCCGAGAGUGGGUGUCGGUUUAGUUAUUUUUCUUCUUGGUUGUGCUGUUUUGGGAGGGUGAAAAUCAAGUGGUAUUAAAAACCUACUUCACUUUCUCAAGUUUUUCAAAGCGAAAAAACGGAAGUGAACAAAAAGAACACUUUUCCGGAAGAGGAAGAAAGCACCAGAAAGAAGAUGAAGAAGAAGCAGUGAGUAGUGUUGUCUAUAGCACCUUUUACCCUGGAGAAAGUGUUGAGGAAAAACAACUACAGCAAUGGUACUUCCGGAGUAUGAAUAACACCAGGAGGUUCAAGGGUGUGUGGUAAAGAAUACAUGGAAAAAUAGUAUAGAUAUAGCAACAAAUACCUUCAACAACAACAACAACAAAAAGUGGAAUAGUGAAACAGGGCGAAAUAGAAAAAUGUGGCUGGAAAAACUGGUGCUAGUGUAUCUGUUGACGCUGUUCAACUCACUGGACGGAUACUUUCUGGAUAACGACAGUCCCUUGACUGGGCGUCACAGGAGAAAAGAGUCCAACGAAGCCAAAUCGUCGCAUAGAAACGCACUGAGCUCGCCACACCACCACGAAAGUCAAUUCGUCACCAAAAACAACAGUAGAGUAGUUAGUCAACGAGGGGGCCUCGCCGUGCUCCCCUGCAGUGUCACCAUGUCAACACCAGCCACUGUAUCGUGGUUCCGGCGGAAAGACUACCAGCUGCUGACGGUCGGCCUGUCCACAUACAGCAGCGACGACCGGUUCCUGGUGGAGCACACCCGCCACCUGGGCAACUGGGCGCUACGGAUAAAGAACGCCCGGAGGGAAGACGAAGGACUGUACGAGUGCCAAAUUUCCACCCAUCCACCACAGUCGAUAUUCAUCGAGCUUAGGAUCGUAGAGGCCGUAGCAGAAAUUCUGGAAGCGCCUGAUUUGCAUAUAGACGAGGGAUCGACACUGCGGCUGGAAUGCAAACUGAAACGUGCCACCGAAAGUCCGUUGUACGUCUUUUGGUAUCACGAGGAGCGAAUGGUCAACUAUGACCAGCAGGAUGGCAUUUCGGUGUCAACGAACAAGUUGACGUCGAGUGUCCUCACGGUGCGGAAUGCCACUGCCAGGCACGGAGGGAACUACACCUGUGCACCGGCCAAUGCAAGACAAUCGAGUAUCUAUGUGCACGUGCUCAAAGGUGAAAAGCCAGCCGCAAUGCAACAUCCGAAAAAUCCAACAGUUGCGAGCAGUGCCGCAGCCAUCAGUCGACGACUAACGAGCUCUGCCACCGGUGGAUGGAUGGCGGCCCUUCUGCUGACCUGGACCUACUAUUGGUCCUCUCCGUGGAUCCUGCGAUGGCUCCCAACGACGCUUUUCUCCUCCCUCUCUUCCUGCUCUGCCGUGUCCACGAUGCUGCUGCGACGGCAAACGGCUGCAACGACGAUGGCCUCCAGUCUCACUAGCUUUAGGAUGACACUCUGUAUACUAAUAGUGCUGGUAAUCGUGAAGACUGUAUUCAGCAAAAGUAUUAAAUUGUUUGAUGCGGUCUAAGGGUCACCGGUGGGAAGGAAGGGUUCACGAUAGAUAUUCACUUGUUGAGGUUUCGUGCCGCGAUGCCGGGUAGUGGGUCGGCACGAGAUGGGUUGGGGUUCUUUCCCACACGACAGAAGAGAGCUAGAGGACUUCGUUUCUAGAGGCAAG